GUAAUAAAAAAAUUAUGUGCUCGCGAAUUAAUUUUAUCGAGAGUUAGGAAUAUUUUAAUCUGUAACAUUUUGCGGUGAACACUCGAGUAAAAUGAAAAAUGGCGGUGGUGGAAAUAGUGAUUUUAUUGUGGACGUGGAUCAUAUAGAAAUUGGAUUGAGGGAUAACAGUAAGAAGACGGAAAGUUAUAGUGAUGUAGGUGUGCAGACUACGCAUUUAGUGCCUUAUAGAUUAAGAUUUUGGCCUCGAACGGACUGUGAUUUUAAAAUAAGCCACUCGGAUGCGAGUUGUAUGCUGAAGUGCCAUUGCUGUAUGAAACUGGUCAGUCAGUGGAUACUGUCCCAGGUUGGACUGACUAUAAUAGUGAUUACUUGGGCCUUGUUAGGAGCAUAUGCCUUCUUCAAGACAGAAGGUCCAAGAGAGUUGAAACAAAGCGAGACCCUGGCCAAGAUCCAGAAAGAUCUAUCUCAUUCCCUCGCCACCGAGCUACAUCAGACCGAGGACCAUCUGGAAACCUGGCCCAAGAUCAUCCACAAGUACUUCGAGAAGCACGAGACGCUCUUCCUGGAAGCAGUGGGCGCGGGCUUCGGUGAAGGGGGCGGGGGGAACAUCUGGACCUAUCCAGGCUGUAUACUGUUCAGCGUGUCGCUGCUGACUACCUUAGGUUUCGGAGCUCCGGUACCCCGCACUCCCCUAGGCCGAGGCACUGCUGUCUUCUUCGCCCUCGUUGGCAUCCCUCUACACUUCCUACUUGUCCUCAACGUAGGCAACCUCACGGCCGUAAAGAUGCAACGCCUCGCCUUCCGGGCCACGCCCACCGACGUACCCGCGGUACUUCCCCGGCCGCGCUGGCUCAAAAUAUUCCCCUUCAUUUGCAUCCUGAUUUUCUACCUGAUUGGCGUGGUUUGCUUUGGUUUUGUAAGAGGCAGGGACGCACUACACUCCUUCAUGUUUCCUCUGGACUUCACGGCAAGCGGAGGCGUGGCUAACGUGGCGGGCGUGGUCAGGAUUUGUUACGCCAUCUAUCUGGAAGUUGCUGUAACUUUAGCUGCGUUUGCUUUGAGUUUAAUACAGGCAUCAGCUGGGAAAGGGAUAGUGGAUAUAGGUUUAAAAUGGGAAUUGCUUACUAAUACCUGAACUGGAUUAAGAAGAUGAAAUAUGGGAUUCUGUAACGCACAUAUCAAUAAGAAAAUAUUCCGAGCCAAGUAUGUCUCAUGAAUUUUCGAGUUGUUUUUCGUUUGCUACAAGUUUUGGAUUGUUAUCAGAAUUAUUAAACUAUGCAGAUUUUAUGACAAUUGUUGAUAAGUCAGAGAAAUUUAUAAGAAUUGUACUAGCUUAUUGCGCUUGUUAGAUUUAAAGAAGCUUUAGAAAUUGUUAAAAAUUAAAAUAAUUUAUACCGGGUGCGUCUCAAAAGUGGCUAUACCUCUAUAACUUUUUUUAUUUUUUCAAAUAAAAAAACAAGAUUUCAUAUAUUUUUUUCUGUUAGUAUAUGACAUGAAUUAGAAUUGAUUGACGUAUUCAAUUCUUUUCGACCACUUCCUGUUGUAGUCACUGGAAAUGAAUACAAUUUUUGAUUUUUAAAUGGCACCCAUGGUAUUUCUUACUUUAUUCGAU